GCACCAUUGUGUGCCUGCACAGUGAUGGCUGAAAAAAUAAACAUGUUUUUCAUUCGAUUCAGCGAUUUUACUUUUCAAAUUUUAAACUUUAGCUGACUGAAAUUGUCUUGUUCAAACACAAACUAAGCAAAACAAUGUUUAUCGUGCAAAUCUAUUGUCAACAUACAGUUAACUGCCUGACUGUGUAUUAAGUUUUUAUUUCACCAUGAUGAGUCACCAACACGCCUCUCCAGCUAAGCUGGGGAGUUACCGCUGUAAACAGAAUUUACGUGCCAAGAAAAGACUGGGAAGCUGGUUAAAGUCAGACUUCCCAUUUCAUGCGGCUGCAGAGCUCUGGAUGCUUCACACACAGCUCGAUUUGGUGGAAGUGCACGGAACAGGAAACGCAGCCGAGCUGAAUCUGCAUCUGCAAGCAGCGGAUUGAGCUUCACCAGUAUGACCUGGUGGCUCUCUGACAGACAUCCAAUCACGGGGAACUUUAAAAGACUUGAACGGGAGCCCCCAAACCUCUUAAAGAUGCUUCAGAAAUACAAAAGAAGGACAAACUAAGAUUGCCGGCGGUGACGUCAAACUGACGCCAAGCCGAGGAUGUCCUCGCAGUAGGUGGGUGGUUGCAGCUCAGCAUGGCGCGGGUGUCGGUGGCGUAUGAGUACACUGCGAAGAAUGGCCGGCUUGUGUGCAUCAAACCCAACGAAAGCUUCAUCCUCAUCUCCAAGACCAAUGAGCACUGGUGGCACGUCCGCAAAGACCAGCACACCAAGCCCUUUUACGUCCCCGCACAGUACAUGAGGGAGCUCCCAGUGCUCGCUUCUGGUCCUCACAAGUCAGACUCAGCUGAGUGUCUGGCUGAGAAAACACAUGACUCGAAAAGCGUGAUGCGCACAUCAGCAGCUCGGGAUGACUCGAAGGAGAUGUACAGAUUCUCCACGUUUGGUUUGUGCCUCAGCCUGCCAGACGUGGCUCCAUGUGGGUCUCUAAAGGAGGGACCGGACACCAUCAGCAGCUCACAACAAACUUUAAAACUUAUAGAAAACCCAUUAAAGCCUUUUUCAAUCCCUGUGGCACUUUCAGAAACAAAAAACAAACUGGAUUCAAAGCCUCAUCCUGCAGAUCAGAUCAAAGAAACACAGCUGCAGAUGAAAAACUCAAAGCAAGAUGAACCAGCAGCACAGCUGCGGACUUUUACAGAUGAUGAGGAUUUCCCUUUACCACCACCAGAUGUGUAUGACACGCUCCCAGAGAUUCACACAACUGAAUGUGACUUUUCCCCUGAGCCACCAGAUCUCGAUGCUGCACCGGGAGAUCCAGCAUCACAGCAGAGGCCUCAGAAACAAACUCUAAAGACCACCGCUAACAUAGGAGAGCAGGCGCAGAAUGAAAACCUCCAGACGGCGGUGUACGUCAACGUAGCUCAGCUCCGACAAAGUAUCUCUGAGUCCCCCCCGCCGGAUGCCUCACCUCGCUCUCCUUCCUAUCUGGACCAGGAGGAAUGGGAGGUGCAUGUUGACCAGGAAAGUGGACAGGAAUACUACUACCACCCUGCAACAGGGCGCACCACCUGGGACAACCCCUUUUUAGACUCCCCCACGGACCCUGACUGCUCCCCUGCAGAGGAACCUUACUUCCCGUCACCUCUUCAGUCUCCUGAUUUGUCCGCUUCCCUCCCUCCUGGGUGGGCGUCAGACUGGGAAAAGCUGGUGGAUGAGACCAGUGGUUGUCCCUACUUCUACAACCCGAUGUCUGGGGAGACGUCCUGGGAACCCCCCGAGCAGAGCCCGUAUCCCCCUCUGCUGGAGCCUAUGAGUGUUCACAGGUUUCACAAUGAUGGACCGCCUCCGUUACCCGAGGAGGACUACCCUCCGGAGGAUUACCCUGGAGCAGAUCAAACAAACACAUACGAAGAGCUCCAAGCCACGGGUCCCACAACCCUCCCAAAGGAGUACGCUCUCAGCCACGUGGAUCGGACCGUCAUCCCUCGGGCCAACCUGGACCGCAGUACCCCUCCUGGCUGGAACCUUAAUGUAGACCCUAAUGGGACGUGGGUGUUCUCCAGUCAAAACUCUCCAGAUGAGUGGAUCAAGUCGGUGGACGAUCAGGGGCAGACCUAUUACUAUCUGAGAGACGGCACCAGGUCCCAGUGGAACUUGCCUGAGGCCCCUGCGGGCCCGUCACACUCCAGGCUGGACAAUCACAUUGAUAAUGGGAACGUGCCGGUCAUCAAACACUGGAGAGACUCAAAGGGACCUUCUCAGUUCCCUCCUGCCUUCGAUGACGGGAGGUUCAUCCCGACCCAUGUGAGGAACACAUCAGACUACAGCAGCGACUGCUCCAGUACAGGGAACUCUCCUGAGACACAGCAUUUCGCUUUUGGGCUUAGACCCUGGAGAAAUCCCUAUUAUCUGACCUCAAGGUGGCUGCGCUAUAAUGUGCAGAACUUGGAGAAAGCUGGAAUUCUCAAUAAAACUAAAGUGUCUGAGAAUGGGAAAAAAGUGAGAAAGAACUGGUCUUCCACAUGGACGGUUCUCCACGGAGGAGUGUUGACAUUCCACAAAGACCCUAAAUCUACAGUAGGCACCGUGAACAAGACCAAUCAGAUUGUUCCAGAGGUCACGGUGGAGCUGAAAGGAGCAACGAUUGGCUGGGCCACCAAGGACAAAUCCAGCAAGAAGAAUGUUUUAGAGCUAAAAGGGAAGAAUGGAAUGGAGUUUCUUUUACAGUAUGAUACGGAAAGCAUCAUCAACGACUGGCACAAAAUUUUAAUGGACACCAUUCGACAAAUGGGCUCCAUAAUGCCAGGUUGCAGAUGGCAGAGUGAAAAUAAUUAUGGCAUCAAUGAGUACCAGGACCACCGUUCGGAGGAAGAGGAUGGAGACGCGUAUGAAAAAAUUGGUGGAAACACCGAACGAGAGGACAAGCUCGAAAAACGAAAAUCCUACAAGGUAACUGUAACACCCACACCCAGCAACGCAGGGGAAACAGACCAGAAGAAGGUUCGAACCAAGCUGAUGAAGCUUCUCAUGAAGCGUCCGACGCUGCAGUCAGUCAAAGAGAAAGGCUACAUCAGAGAAAACGUGUUUGGGUGUCAUCUGGCCACACUGUGUGCUCUUGAGAGGACCACAGUUCCCAGUUUUGUGGAGAAAUGUAUAAAAGCAGUGGAAAACAGAGGUUUAGACAUCGAUGGACUGUACAGAGUCAACGGAAACCUGGCCAUUAUACAGAAACUACGUUAUAAAGCUGAUCACGAGGAGCUGGACCUGGAGGACGGUCAGUGGGAAGAUGUUCAUGUCGUCACUGGAGCGCUGAAGUUAUUCUUCAGAGAGCUUCCUGAGCCACUUUUCCCCUACAGCCACUUUAAUAACUUCAUCUCAGCCAUCAGAAACCCUGAUUACAAAGCAAAAUUUUCUCUCGUUUACGAGCUGGUUAAAAGCCUUCCUGCUCCAAACCAUGACACUAUGGAUCUGCUUUUUGGGCAUUUACAGAGGCUCAUUAAGUGCGGAGAGGAGAAUCGCAUGACUGUCCAGAAUGUAGCGAUUGUGUUCGGCCCAACGCUGCUUCGGCCAGAGGAGGAGUCCUCCAACAUCACAAUGCACAUGGUCUUUCAGAACCAGAUUGUAGAGUUCAUCCUGAAUGAAUACAACAGUAUCUUCUACUCCCAAUAAAGCAGCCACCUGCCUGUAGACCUAGACAAACCGAGUUGAUUUUGCAGUUCCAAGUUCAGCUUUGCACGCACAUCAGCAGCUUUGGUGCCACUUAAAUGUACUUUAAAAUGAAAAAAAUAAAAAAUAAAUUUAAUAAAACAAAGGUGCAGUCAAGUUUUACGAGACAAGAAAAAAAGUUUUCAUGUAGUUUUUACUCUGAAUGUUUCACCGUUGGAGGCUCACAGUGUCAGACUAUCUUUGCUUGUAAUGAAGGAUUUAAUUUUUAUCCAAUCAGGUGAAGACAGACUUUGUUUGGAUUUCUGUGUGAGCAGCUUCCUGAGCUGAAGGACUGUGUAAAAAUGUUUUUUCUCUGUGAGACUCGAAGGUGACUAAAUCUAACAAGCCACUUUUUUCAGAUUUUUUCUCUUUUGCUUAAUUUGUCUGUUUGUUGUUUACUUUUCUGUAAAUCACAGAUGUCUAAUUAACCCAGGUUAAACCUGGAUGAAUGCAUUAAUGUUGUCUUUCAUUUGCUUGUAUGUUUAUUUUAAAACUUAAAAAAAUGUUAAUAUUUGUUUCGGAUUUAUGUUACACUUAUGGCAAUAACAGAGAUUGUAUUUUAAUAUUUUGCAUUUUUUUUUUCUUUUCAGUCUCAUCCCAUGAGUUUAUUGUAAUAUAGAAUACCAAUCUUCUACUGUGGAAUAGAAACUGAAUUCUGUAAUGUGUGAUGGCCAUAGACUAUUUUCACUGAAUUGCAAAGCAGCCCUUUUUUUUCACUUAAGCUGUACGUAAAGAGACUGUAAAAUAUCACCAGACAAAGAUGAACUGGAAAGGAUUUGUCUUUGAUAAUUAACAUUGAAAUAAAAUCAGAGGAUGAACAGAGAAAUCAAUGUUAGCAUAAAUGUACAUAAAUAGCAAAAAAGAGCAUAUUUAUGCUAAGAAGCAGAUGAAAAUGCAAAUUUUCUUCAAUAAUAAAAUAACUUGGCAAAAA